AUGGCGAGCUCAGGGAGAGGGAACACCAGCCUAGCCUCGAUGCGCAAGAAGCGGCGCACGAUCGGCGGCUUCAGGGCUCACGCCAUGGGCGACUCGUACGACCACAGCACCACGGCGGACGCCAGCGCCAACAACAGCCUGAGCAUGGUCCCCGAGAACCAGCUGAGCUAUCUGGCGGGGGGAGACUCCGGCAGCGAGAACAUCGUGGUAGCCGUGCGGGUGCGACCUCUGUCUGCUACCGAGCUCGCCGAGGGCAAGCGGUCGUGCUGCGACGUGCUCACUAGAAAUACCCUGGUCAUCAGAAAGGGGGCGGACCCUGGCGCCUACCUACGCAGCCAACAGGUAUGA